AUGCACUCGAAAUUGUUCAACACUGUCAAUUCUGUGCAUCGUGCAUACGAGACGACGAAAUUGUAUCGGGAACUGAAGAUGAGAGGCGCCAUUGUGGAUGAAAGCUUCAACCUCAAAUUGUUACCUCUGGAACAGUUGGUCGAAAAGGUCAACGGAGUGUGGAAUCUUAGCACUGAUCAGGGCACUUUGGGUUGUUUUGUGAUAACAAAUGUUCGUCUCGUGUGGUUCGCAAGCACAAAUUCAUUGUAUAAUGUCUCAGUGCCAUACCUUCAGUUGUACUCUUGUCGUAUCAGGGAAUCGAAGUUUGGUCUGGCUCUCGUCAUCGAAACUACCACACAGAGCGGCGAGUAUGUCCUGGGAUUCCGAAUCGAUCCUGCUGAACGACUUCAACAAGUUUGUAAAGCCAUCCAAGCCCUUCACAAAUCAUCAAAUACUCGUCCAAUCUACGGAGUGACAUUUCACAAAGAUAAACCAAUGUCGGAGCUUCUUUCGCUUGAAGAUCGAAUCUCACCAAACUUGGCUGUUCUAUUUUCCUUGUGUCCAAACGUGGAUGAUAAACUCUUCCUUGCAGCACUUGAGUGGGGAGUCGCGCGGUAUAGGAAGACACACUAUAUUAGAAGAAGAAGAUUCAAAAGAAUUCCCGCUGUGCCGGCAGAGUACUUUACUGAUCCAGCCCGACUAAAAACUAUCCGCUUUCACUACGUGGAGGACCAGCCUCUCGAGAAAGCUGCGGACCUGUCUCUUGACUCUCGUGUCAGAGCUGAUGAGGACUCUUAUCAUAGACCGACGAAGAUUCUUAUUUGGGAGAACACGCCGUGCAAACACGCUCGCCUUCUCGCGUCGUUUUCGAGGGAGAAAAGACGGUCAGUUGUCUCCAUUCCUUACAGUGAAGACCUACUGGACACAGCUUCGUUUUUCACGAAGCACGUCUUCAUUCUCGACAACGACGGUAAUUUAAAAAAUGUUUUGGGCUAG